CCCCUCCCUCCCUUGCAGAGCUGCAGAAGGCCAAGGAGAAAUCCCAGCAGCGCGGCGCCGAUGCGGCAGAGCUGGCGGCCAUUUGCAACCAGCUGGGCGAGAUCCUGGCCAGCCACGGGAGGUAUGAAGAGGCUUUGGCUGAGCACCGGGAGGAGCUGAGGUUGCUGGAGGAGGUGGGCGAUGGAAUCGGUUGCGCCGUGGCGCACCGCAAGAUCGGCGAGCGUUUGGCUGAGAUGGAGCUGUACCAGGCUGCUCUGGAGCACCAGCGCCGCCACCUGGACUUGGCGCGAGCGCUGGGUGACGACACGGAGCAGCAGAGGGCCUGGGCCACCAUCGGCCGGACCCACAUGUUUGCUGCCGAAAGCCGCGCCGGCGCCGAGGCCGAGGAGGAGCUGAGGGAGGCAGAGCGGGCCUCGGAACCAGCCUGCAAAUCCUCGACCAGCGCCUGGAGGGCCGUGCCCCCCGCCGGGAGGUGGCAGCCAUGCGGACCCGUCUCUACCUCAACCUGGGCCUGGUUUACGACAGCCUGCAGGACGCCGAGCGCCGGCGGCUCUUCCUGCAGCGCAGCGUUUUUGUGGCCGAAAGGGAACGGCUGCACGACGACCUGUUCAGGGCUCAUUACAACCUGGGCCAAAUCCACCUGAGGGCAGGGGAGCACAGCCAGGCGCUGAGGUGCUUGGAAAGAGCCCGGGAUUGCGCGCGAGCCAUGGGAGAGAAGGAGAUGGAGAGCGACUGCCUCAGCGGCACGGCGCAGGUGCAGCUGGCCGUGGGCGAUGUGGCGGCAGCGCGGCGCUCCCUGCGUGUCGCCUGGCGCCUGGGCUGCAGGGACCCCAAAGGGCGGCGGAUGCUGCGCCGCAACCUGCGCUACGUGACGGCCAUGAUGCGGCUGCAGGCAGCGCUGGAGGCGGCGGGCGGCGGCCAUGAUGGCGGCCAUGAUGGUGGAGAUGGCGGCCAUGAUGGCGGCGGUGAUGGCGGCCAUGACAGCAGCCAUGAUGGCAGCCACGAUGGCGGCGAUGGCAAACAGGAUGGUGGCCAUGUUGGCCGUGAUGGCGGCCAUGAUGGCGGCCAUGUUGGCAGUGAUGGCAAACAGGAUGGUGGCCAUGUUGGCGAUGACGGCGGCCAUGUUGGCGGUGACGGUGGCCAUGAUGGCGGCAGUGACCUGGCGGCGGCCAUGUCCCUGUGUGAGCAACUGGGGGACCUGUGUGCCAAACAUGGCGACUUCGCCCGUGCUCUGGGGUACUACCAGCAACAGCUGCGCUACGCGGAAGCGCUUUCACUUCCGGCCCGGGAUACGGCCGCCAUCCACGUGUCUUUGGGCGCCACCUGCAGCGACCUGCGGAACUACGCAUGCGCAGUGCGGCACUUCCGGCGCGCCUUGGAGCUGCGGAGCGGGGACGCGCGGGAGGACGCGGUCACGUGGCUGAGCCUGGGCCAGGCGCUGCUGGACGCCGGCUGCGCGGCCGAAGCUUCGCGGGCGUUCGACAGCGCCGCCCAGUGGGCGGAAACGGCGGGGCAGGCGGCGAUCCGGCGCCGGGCCCUUCGUCACCUGGCGGCCCUACAGAGGAGCUGUGGGGGCCAACAGUGGGGCUGGCAAUGGGGACUUUGGGGACAGCGAUGGGGACGAAGAUGAGGAGGAGGA